AUGCCCACACCGUGCACGCCCCUCUUGUCCUUGGUGCCGGCACGGGCACCACUCCAGAUGAUCACGUACCCGUCGUGUGUAAUCGCGCCUUGUCCCGCUCGUCGGGUCUCUUGGAGUCCUAUCACAUCACAGUCGGUCGCGGCACAGAUCUGCAUGACCGUCAUCACGUUGUGGCCGAUGGGGUUCCUGCCGCUGUAGGCGAGCGUGCGUACGUUGAACGUGCCGAACGAUAAAUCGCCCUCCCGUGCCUUCUUCUUCGCGGUCGCCUUCACGCCCGCUGCUAUCUCCUGUCGCUCUCGGUCCGCCUCGCGCUGGGGGGGUGUUUUCUUCCGUUUAAUCCGAGCGGCGAGUUUCUUCGCAUCGAACCAUCUUUGCAGGGCUCGGUGCUUGCCUGUGGUGUUAGGAUGAGGAGGAUGCAGCACUCCCCCCCCGCGUCGCCCGCGGUUAUCUCCCUUCUCCCGCGAACGGUGCUUACUCGCGUGGUUUUUACGAAUCUCUCUGCUCCUCCAGCUUCGUGGGCCACGUUUUCCGCGACGGUGGUUACCAGGUGCAGUUUGCCGCUUUGCAUUGCUGCCGCGGGGACAAGGUCCACAUACACCUCUCGCCACUACCACCGUCUGUGCAUCCUCACCGCCACCCUGAGCCACCGCGGCGGUGAGUUCCACCUUGAGACACCACCCACCUACUAUCUGUUGUGGCCUGGUUCGCCCGCGAGGGACUCACAAGGUCGAUUUCGGCCCCGGCCGGGGAGCAGGCCG